GCGACCGGAAGUCUGCCUUCCCGCCGUGCCCUGCGCCCCGGCCUACCUCGCGUGCUGCGCUCUUCGGCCAGCGCCCUGGUGCGCGCGAAGGCCGCGGUCGGCGAGCGGGACUCGGCCGGCGGGAUGGCGCUCCUCCGCGGGGUGUGGUGUGCGGUGCGGACGUUCGGACGCUCGGGGGUCGAGCUGUGCGCCGGCUGCGGGGGCCACGGGCACUCGCCCUUCAGUUUUGUCUGUAUUCCAAAAUUUUUUUCAUCCAACGUGGGCAAUUAUCCAAAGAAACCUAUGAGUUCAUACCUUCGAUUUUCCACACAACAGCUACCCAUAUUUAAAGCUAAACAUCCAGAUGCAAAACUUUCAGAGCUGACUAAAAAAAUUGCGGCAGUGUGGCGGGAACUCCCUGAUUCAGAGAAGAAAGUGUAUGAAGAUGAUUUUAAAGCAGAUUGGAAGGCUUACAAAGAAGCUGUGAUCAGAUUUAGAGACAGACUAACUCCAAGUCAGCUGACAACUUUUGAAAGAGAAAUCAGGCAAAAACGUUUAAAAAAGAAAGCAUUAAUUAAAAGGAGAGAGUUAGUAAUGCUUGGAAAACCAAAAAGACCUCGCUCAGCUUACAACAUCUAUGUAUCUGAAAGCUUCCAAGUAGCUAAAGAUGAAUCUGCUCAGGAAAAGCUGAAAUCUGUAAAUAAAGCCUGGAAAAAUAUGUCUCUUGCUCAGAAGCAAGUGUAUGUCCAGCUUGCUAAAGAUGAUCGGAUUCGCUACGACAAUGAAAUGAGGUCUUGGGAAGAGCAGAUGACUGAAGCUGGACGGACCGACCUCAUCCGACGCACUGUGAAGCGACUGGGCAAAGGUGCUGAGCGUUAAGAUAGAAGACCGGCCUGUCCUUGGGAUUAGACACAACCCAGCAAGGUCUCAACACUUCAAGUUGUAAAAUUAGAAAGGAUAAAGUUGGUAAACAUUUGGUGUUCAGUUCCCUUUUCUGUAGCCCAUGGAUUUCGGCCAGCUGAGUACAUUUUUAUUAGCGUUUUGAGAGCCGAAAUAGAUGGAAGUUUCUACAAAGGUCCAUUUUGUGUUUAAGAACUACUGAAUAUGAAAAUACACUGUACAGGUUAGUAGUGAAUCUUUGCACCUUGAUCAGAGCAAACAGACUGAGGUGUGAUUCUGGACAAUAGCUGUGGC